AUGUUGCCAAUCCUUCGUGCUUCUCUGUUCAGCUCACUGCUCCUGAUGCUGCUGACCGUGCUGUCAGCCACCGGUUCUGCUGAUGGGAAGGUGAUACACCCUGGGCUCAAGCUGGAGAGCCUCCUCAAGCAAGCGUAUGCUGGCUGUCCGCCCCAAAAAGACUCAAAAUUCCCUCAGAUGGUGAGAGUCAAUGUAAGCAUCAGCAGCAUGAACCAGGACACCAAAGUGACUCCUGAUGUCAGCAGCCGCUCUUUGGCUCCAUGGGAUUACAGGAUCGACGAGGACCACAACCGUUUCCCCCAAGUGAUUGCUGAUGCCAAGUGCCGCCACUCCAGAUGCGUGAAUUUGGAUGGGCAGCUGGACCACAGCCUCAACUCUGUCCCCAUCAAGCAGGAGAUCCUCGUCCUCCAGAGGGAGCAGAAGGGCUCCCACCAAUCAUACCGACUGGAAAAGAAAAUAAUCACUGUGGGCUGCACAUGUGUCACCCCCUUGAUCCGACACCAGGCUUAA